AUGGAACCUCUAUUGUCACACUGCAAACAAUAUCUAAGUGCCGAUCAACAUGGCUUCAUUUCCCAGCGCUCUACCACCACUAACCUGCUGUGUCUAACAUCAUACAUAACGGGAAGUAUGGACCACCGUGCUCAAACCGAUGUCUUAUACACAGACUUGUCGGCCGCUUUUGAUAAGAUAAACCAUGACAUCGCAAUUGCAAAAUUGCAUAGACUGGGCGUUAGCGACAACCUUUUGCGCUGGUUUCGCUCAUAUCUGACCAAUCGACAGUUGGUGGUUGCCAUUGGAGAUUGUAGGUCCGAUAGCUAUCUAGCCUCUUCAGGUAUACCUCAGGGAAGCCAUCUUGGACCUUUGAUCUUUCUGCUCUACUUCAACGACGUUAAUUUGGCUAUCAAAUGCCCUCGACUCUCGUAUGCAGAUGACCUGAAAAUGUUUUCCCAGAUCCGUUCGACAGACGAUUGUCACUUUCUCCAAAAUCAGUUGGAGGCCUUUGCCGCUUGGUGCGAUGUGAACCGCAUGCCCGGUGGGCCCUUUGGCUCCCAGUCCGCCCCGGGAGCUCCGUCAGUAUCAGCGAGUGAUUCUGAUGGCCCUAGUGAGGCAGAAGAAUAUUUGGAUGAUAUUGAGUCGGGAGUCGUUGGGGCCACAGAGGAAGUACGAUCUGAAGAAUGUGAAGCUAGUGACAAGCCCGAUCAAACUCUAAUGAAAAAACCUAGUGAUUCGGAACUCGGCUGGCGCUAUUCAGCUCAGCCACCCGCUCUCUCGCAAGUGGGAAGCCAUGGUAUAGGAGGAUCGUGCUUGGAUAAUGCUCCGCAUUUUCCAAAAAACGUACCGAUUAAUAGAAUGCUAGAAGAGUGGUAUCGCUUCCUAGGAAAAUUUGAGAUUGCAUCCUCGCUUUCGAAUAUUAACAAUCCUGCUCAGCUUGCUAAACAUCUUUUUAUGUGUAUGGGAGAUGAACUCCAAGAUAUUGUGAGUAUCGCUAAAUUGAGACCAGGUUUGAACAACCCACAAUGUUAUCAAGUAAUGAUCGAUAAUAUCGGUGCACAUUUGCGGAAAUUGACGGACCCUAUUACUGAGCACCAGACUUACGUUAAAAUGACUCAAGGGAAAGACGAAACAAUUAUAAGUUUUCUUACACGGUUGAAGUCUAAUGUCAGAUCAUGGCAGUACAGUGAACAGGAUGAAGAUCGAUUCAUGUGCACCCAACUUAUAACGGGCAUGCGCGAUAGAAAGUUAGCGGAGGAUGCGAGACUCUAUGGCUACGAAAUCGAUGUCGUUGUAAAGGCCGCUGCUCGAAAGGAAGCGUUUACCAUGGGUAACAUUGACCAUGAAAACAUGGAAAAAGUGGUCGAAGUCUCAAAACCGAUUGUCGUUGCAGAGUUCCUGGUGGUAGCGGACGGGCGUCGAUCUUUAUUGGGCAGAUCGACUGCUAGCAAGUUACGGUUGCUAGAAGCAGGUUUAACAGUAAACUACUGCGAAAACGCGAAGACUUGCACUACCUUUCCGAAAAUUCCUGGAGUAGUCGUCAAGUUCAGUGUCGACAAGUCCGUUCCACCUGAGCGUAAUGCCUAUUACAACGUUCCGGCAGCAUUUCGAGAAGCGGCUAAGCACCGUUUAGAAGAAAUGGCAGCAAAGGGUAUCAUAGAAAAAGUGACAGCCGCACCUCUAUGGAUUAGUGGAAUGCCUGCUGUAGCUAAAGGGAAAAAUGAUUUCAGAUUGGUGGUAAACAUGCGUGGCCCGAACAAGGCAAUCAAAAGAGAGUUCUUUAGACUCCCAUUACUGGAAGAGUUUUUUACAAAAUUAGAUCUAUGCAACGCAUAUUAUCAUCUAGAACUCUCUGAGGAAUCUCGUGAUUUGACGACAUUCCUCGCUGAGAGAGGCAUGUACCGCUUCACCAGGCUAAUGUUCGGUGUCAAUUGCGCGCCAGAGAUUUUCCAACGGGAGAUGUGUCGCCUAUUGGAAAAUGUCCGAAACAAAAUCGUCUUCAUUGAUGAUGUACUUUUGUUCGCUGAGACUCUGGAACAGCUAAGGUUAAUAACGGAGAAGGUUCUGCACAUUUUUCGCGAUAAUCUGUUAACAUUAAACGUGGCCAAGUGCGAAUUUGAGAAAACUCGGCUUCAGUUUCUCGGCCAUGAAUUAGACGCCGACGGUUUCCACGUUGACGAGAGGAAAAUCACAGACCUUCAGAAGUUCAGGCAACCAGCUACUUUAUCCGAACUUCGAAGCUUUCUGGGCCUUGCAUCAUUCAUUAGCCCGCACAUAAAUAAUUUCAUCGACAUUGCAGCUCCUCUAUGGGCCGCGGCUUCCGCCAAAGAAUGGUCUUGGGGACGAGAGCAGGAAAGCGCAUUUCAGAGGAUGAAACAUCAUAUUUCGCACUGCACCGUGAGUCUGGGUUACUUUUCUAACAAGCAUAAAACUAUUUUAUAUACGGACGCGUCUCCGCAUGCUCUGGGAGCAGUCCUGGUUCAGGAGGAUGGGAGCCUUACUCCGCGGGUAAUCAGCUUCGCGUCUAAAGCGUUAACAGCCACGGAAAAAAGAUAUCCACAGAACCAGAGAGAAGCACUCAGCGCCGUCUGGGCCGUCAAGCAUUUUUGGUACUUUCUCCUCGGAAGACAUUUCACCCUGCGCACUGACGCCAGAGGAAUUGUAUUCAUUCUGAAUAGGCUACGAGAGACCUCAAAGAGAGCGCUAAAUAGGGCUGACGGUUGGGCACUAAGAUUAAGUCCUUACAAUUAUGACGUUGAGUACGUCCGAGGGCGAGAGAACAUCGCGGACCCUUCAUCGCGAUUAUAUGUCGGCACAGAUGAGCCUUUCAACGAAGAACAGAGCCCUUGGGAAAUUGCCACUUUGCAGGCAAACGCAGUUGGUUUUCUAACGGAACAAGAUAUUCGGGAAGCAACCGCGCAUGACAACGAGCUGUAA